AUGACGUCUACGCUGAGCGCGGCGGACGCGGGGAAGUGGCUGAGUAACUUUGUGAGCUCGGUCGCGAUCGUCAUGGUGAACAAACAGCUCAUGGGAGCGCAGGGGUUGGCGUUUCAGUACGCCACGACUCUGUGCGGUUUACACUUUUUGUGCACGACGAGCGUGCGCGCAUUCACGAGCAAGGGUGACGUCGCGAAGGCUUCGAACGCGGCCGCGACGCACGGCGCGCUGCCGAGACAGAAGUUGUUUGCGUUCGUGGCCGUCGCGUCGACGAGCAUCAUCUCGCUCAAUCUGUCGUUGAUGUUGAAUCACGUCGGGUUUUAUCAGCUCGCCAAGCUCUUGCAAAUUCCGGCGGUGGCGAUGAUGGAGUUCGUCUUCUUGAGACGCACGGUCUCUCGGGCGCUCGUGUGGGCGAUUGCAAUCGUAAUGUUAGGCGUUGGGAUCGCCACCGUGCAGGAGACGUCGAUGAAUUUCUGGGGCACUCUGGUAGCGAUCGUCGCCGUGUUGGCGACGAGCGGACAACAGAUUUUGGUCGGACGUCUGCAGAGCGAGUACGGGAUCUCGAGCAAUGACUUGCUCGGGCGAACGGCGCCACUCAUGGCGGCGGCGAUGUUAUUGAUCGGUCCAUUCUUGGACCAAAUCAUCACGGGAAGUUUCGUGACGGAAUAUUACUGGACCAUGGAGUCUCUCGGGUUUUUGUCGGCGUCGUGUUUGCUAGCAAUUUGGGUAAACAUCUCGCAGUACAUGUGCAUCGGCACCUUUAGCGCGCUCUCGUUCCAGGUCAUCGGCCACGUGAAGACUGUGUUCAUCUUCUUCUUUGGUUGGCUCUUAUUCGACGUUCCCGUCUCUUGGAACAACGUCAUCGGGGGCGCGAUUGCCAUCGGCGGGAUAUCGUAUUACUCACACAUCUCGAGCCUCGAAAAAGCGGACGCCGCGUCGAGGCGACGCGUGCACGCGUGA